CCCAGGACCCCCCCUUACGCUUUGCGGAUUUACCAGCCUGCUCCUACCUACAUCGUCCCGGGUCAUCUUCUGCAUCCCGAAAACCGAUGAAGGGCUUUUGGACCGGCGUUUUGUUCUCCUUGGUGGUGACAGAAGUUGUUGCCCUCCAGUGCUACUCAUGUAGUGGAAACAGCGACUGCCGAGAAACGGAAACAUGUAAAGAGCACCAGAAGAUGUGCAAGACCACCGUCAUGACCAUAAUCAAUCGACACAAGAUCUCCCCCUACUUCCUCAAGGGUUGUGACGUAAGUGGAAAGCCAAAUAAUUCCAUCUCACACCUUCUGGGCCAUCGACUUGUGUUUCUGGCAGAAGAACAUUGUGAAACCGAUCUGUGCAACAGUGGUGUUCCCAAGGAAGUACCCAGAAUGAGGGAUAUGAUCCAUGUCCGAGGCCACAGAGAAAACAUCCUGAGUUGCUAUUCUUGUACAGCUGCUGAUAACACUUGUAACAACUCCAGUCUCACACAGAUGAAUUGUUUCUGGCCCCAGGAAAAGUGUGUGGAUAUCACCUCCUUGACAGAUCCAGAAGAAUUUCCCAAGGACCAAGAACGUAUCAAGGGUUGUGGCCAGCUUUCCCACUGCCAGGAUGCUCUGGGCUUCCAAAAUCACAAGAGUUUCCACAUGAUCAACUGUUGUAACUCCAGCUGGUGUAACAAACACGUGCAAGAUUACAAGCAGACUCCCUUGCCCUUGAACGGGGUCACGUGCCACAGCUGCGAAGGAAACACUACUCACGGUUGUGCCCCAGAUAACAUCACAACGGUGCAAUGCCGAGGCCCCAUGACUCAGUGCCUAGAAGCCUCAGGAAUCCACGGCAUCUCUGGCAAUAAUUCACUCAUCAAAGGUUGUGCUUCCCCAUCCUGGUGCGACAGCCCCUACACCUCCAUCUACAAGAACCUGGGCAGCGUAGAGACCCACUGCUGUGCUAAUAAUCUAUGCAACAGCUGGAUCAUCGAUGGACAGAUGAAAGCAUCUCCAAGGAGCCAAGCCAGCCACAUCACCUUGGUCCAACACACUCUUAUUUCAACGAGUUUUCUGCUUUUUAUAGUUUUUCUUCUUUCUUAA